ACAGAGAACACAAUGGAUGAGCGCGCCGCCCUGGAGGCGAAAAUCAAGAAGCUCAUGGAGCACUGUGCCAUACGAGAGAUCGCUCAACCCAAGGUGAAGCGUAAUUUUGUGUCCGAGGCCAUUGGUCGUACCUAUGUUCCUCCGCCAAACAAGAGACCAGAUCACAUCAAGGCCAAGCCGAAGCCGAAGGACAAGUUCCCCACUAGGAUGGAGUUAGUCCAUGUGCCCAAGCCCAUCAGGGGGCCAUCGUUCGCUGAGAGGACACGUCAAAAAUUCCAGGCCGAACUACAGUCCGAAAAGUGGAAAUAUCCCCUGCUGGAGCCGAUAAAGCCUGUGAAGAUACGUCGCUAUUCAGAACCUCUUCGCCUCCCAUCUCCCGAAUGGGUAGUUAAAUUCCUGGAGGUUACUCUCGAAGCACCUCCAAAACCGGCGUAUGAGCGAGGAGCUGGAGAUAGCCCAGCCGCGGAUGGAGGUCAUUGCACUAUCUGCGAUCAGCUUGAAAAGAAUAAACGCGAGCCAGACUCUCCACUGAUCAAGAGGUUAAAGGCCCAAUCACGACGUCUUGAACUCCGUGCCUACUACCGACUAAUGAUGCUUCGAGAGCGACAGAAAAACCUGCAAGCGACUCCUGUAGCUCCCUUUCCAGAGGGAACUACUCCUUUGCCAGCUCAAAAAGCGGACUGCUUCUAAAAGCGAAGGAGUGUCUACAAUGUGAACGAAAUAAGCAUCUAGAAAGAGCUUCGAAGAGUUUAGAACUGCAGUCACAAGCUGAGAUUGUGUAACUUGGCACUGUUGUGCCACUUGACUGUUCGCGUGGCAUCUCCAAGGAACGUAUCGUCUCCGCCUUGGACUAAGUUGCCUUCAUACUAAUUCUGUGUUUGGAUGCCCAGAGGCAGACCGGAGCUGUGAUUGCCAGGUGGGAGUAUAUCUAGUACCUCAGCUGGCAACCAGAUGGCCAGUCUG